AUGGCGCACAUCGUGAUCAGAGAAGCAGAGGCAACAGAUGCCCCACUCCUCCCAGCAGUGGAGCGCUCAGCAGCCCAGACUUUCUUGCAGCUUCUUGGCUAUGAAUGGCUUGCUACUAGAGACACACAAUCCGUGGAAGAACAUUUGAGCUACAUCAAACGCGGUGCUGAAUGGGUUGCAGUCGAUGCUGCGAAUCUUCCAAUCGCAUUUCUCAAUGGGAGCUUGGCGGAGAGAAUUUUUCACAUACACGAAGUCUCUGUUGCAUCAAGCCAUCAAGGCAAGGGAAUUGGACGACGCUUGAUAUCGACGGCAAAACAAUGGGCUAUUGCUUCUGAUUGCUCGUCUAUCACUCUCACAACCUUUCGCAAUGUGCCAUGGAAUGAACUCUUCUAA